AUGUCUGAGAUAUCGGCAUCCAUCCAAGAGACCAAUGCCAUUCGUGCUAAGCUUGGCCUCAAGCCUCUGAAAGAGGGCCCAGAAACAAGCGGCGCCAAGCUUGCUGAAGAUAAUUUGAAGCGGCAGCGUGAGGAAGAGGCCCAAAAGGCGCGCGAGGAUGCGAUCAAGAACAAGAUCGCAAAGGCCCGCACCAAGCGCGAACUCAGCAAGGUCCUUUCAGGAAAGGGGCUCGGUGAAGCCAGCGACGAAGAUGAUACAGAGGAUGUCUACAAGUGGACCGUAAAGUCCAGGAACAAGGAGAAGGAGCGACGGACAGCUGAGGCAGCGCGGCGGGAAAGGGAACUACAGGAGUUGGACGAGGUUUAUCAACAGGAAUACGAUGAGAAUCACCUGGCAGGACUUCGUGUGGGCCACGACAUCACAGACUUUCAGGAGGGCGAGGAACGAAUUUUGACGCUGAAGGACAGUACAAUCCUUGAGAACGAAGAGAAUGGCGACGAGCUGAUCAACAUUCAGAUGAGCGAGCGAGAAAGGUUGGAAAAGAACCUAGAGAACAAGAAGAAAAAGAACAGACCUGUUUAUUCGGGAUACGACGACGACGAAUUCUUAAUGGGGAAGAAGAAGGGGAUCCUGUCACAAUAUGAUGAGGUUUUGGGAACCGAGACUGGAAAUGACGGAUUCGUCCUUGGAAAGGUCAGCCGACCAAAACGAACAACAGAUAGCCAACGUGGAUCGACUUCUCAGCAGGCUGGCUUGAGCGCCAAGGAGAUCAUGAACCAAAAGCUUAAGGAAUCAGCGAUUGCACUGACAUAUGACAAGACCCAGCAGGCCCAGGAUUACUAUACCAAAGAUGAGGCGGAGGUAUCAUUUAAGAAAUCCAAGAAAAAGAAAAAGUCAAGAUCGAGGAAAACCGAUAGCUGGGAAGACGAUGAGAAUCAGGACGACGACGCUAUGCAGGUGGAGAGGUCACAACCCGUUGACAUUUCGGAGCUGAACUUUGUUGAUGACGAGGAUUUGCAGGCAUCUCUCACAAAGGCGCGGCGAGCCGCAACUAAAAGGACGCUCAAAACGUUGACGCCGGAGCAGAUUGCCAAAAACAUUGCUGAAAGCAUGACCAUGGAGAUGGACCAGGACGACACCCAGAAAGGAGGCUUGGUCAUUUCAGAUGUAUCAGAAUUCGUCUCCAAUCUCUCCUCUUCUGCGGUUCAAAUUUCUUCAUCCCGUCCAACACCAUUGACGAGAGCACGGGAGCAGAGUGCGGAAGCUGGAGAUAUCGCAUCUCUUCCUGUGGAGGAAGGCACAAAGCAGGACUCGGACAUGGAGGACGUUAAUGGUAGGGAUGAGGAAACUGACUCCAGAUCUAGGACGAGAGCAGCUUCAGAAGACUCCGUGGACAAGGAUGUAUCCAUGAAGCCAUCGUCCGAGGAGGAGCAAUCGACAACGGAAUCUGUACUUGUUGAUGAGCCGCUGGUCAGCAGAGGAUUGGGUUCAACUUUAGCCUUACUGAAGCAAAAGGGCGCUUACGAAACGGGAUCCGCUGAGCAGGCCGAGAGGGCCAAGGUACAGGCUGAAAGGGCCAAAUGGCUUGCGGAGUCGAGACUUCGGGAGGCCAAGCUAGCCAGGGAGAUGGUACGAGACAAACAGCGGGACAAGGAGCGGUCGAAAGACAAGAAUUAUUCCAUUCGAGAUCGCGAGAGGGACCGCGAGUACGAGAACCAGAGGAGAGAACAGCAGCUCUUGGAUGAGCGCGAGGCUCGCAUGAAGAACUACAAACCGGAUAUCAAACUGGAGUACAUUGACGAGAGCGGCAACCGUUUGAAUACGAAGGAGGCAUUCCGUCAGUUGAGUCACGCCUUCCACGGAAAGACUUCUGGCAAGAUGAAGACUGAGAAGCGCAUGAAGAAACUGGAGGAUGAGAAGCGAUUGUUGGGCAUGAGCAGCACGGACACGCCGCUCAACAUGGUAUCAGCCUUCCAGGAGCGACAAAAGGCUGCUGGAUCCGCUCAUAUUGUAUUAGCCGUUGGAAACCGCAAGUAA